AUGUUAAAAAAAUUAAAAGGCAAUCAAGAACAAAUGUUGGAGAGGUGCUACAACUGGGGCUUUCACAUACGGAGUGUAAAAUGGCGCGACCAUGUUGGAACACCAGGAGUUACUUGUGAGUUAACAUUUAUCUAUUUAUGAGUCUGCAAUCCCACCCCUAGAUAGCCCUCCUCCCAAUAAAAUAAGAUGCCCAACAAAAAUGGUUUUUGUUUUUAACUUUUUAGAAUAUUUUAUUUAUUUUUGAGAGACAGAGCAUGAGCAGGGGAGAGGCAGAGAGGGAGACACAGAAUCUGAAGCAGUCUCCAGGCUCAGAGCUGCCAGAGCCCGACGUGGGACUGGAACUCAUGAACCGUGAGCUCAAGACCUGAGCCAAAGACGGAUGCUUAACUGACUGAGCCACCCAGGCACCCUGCCCACCAAAAAUGUUUAUUGCAGCCUCAUUCAUAAUAACAGAGUUGGAAACAACCCAACUCCAUAGAAGAUCAGAUAAAAUGGUCUGAAAUACUACUACUCAGCAAUCAAAAGAAACAAAACUACUAAUCUAUUCAACAACAUGGAUGAAUCUCAAACAAAUUAUGUUGAGUAAAAGAAGGCGAUGCAAGAGGACAUGAUGUAUAACUCUACUUUGGUGGAGUUCAACAACAGAGGAAAAUAACCUCUGGGGAUUAAAAUCUGAACAAUGUUGGGGUGCCUGGGUGGCUCAGUCAGUUAAGCAUCUGACUUUGAUCUCAGCUCAGGUCUUGAUCUCAGGAUUGUGAGUUUGACCCCCACAUUGGGCUUCAUGCCCAGCAUGGAGCCUACUUAAAAAAAAAUUUUUUUUGGAAAAAAAAAAUCUGAACAAUGUUUCCUUCUGGGAGUCAAUGGUGUAGUAAGGGGCACUAGGGAACUUUCUGGAGUGAUAGUAAUGCUCUAUUCUUGAGGGGGGUGUUGUUUACAUAGGUAAUGUCAAGUUGUGCACUUAAGACCUGUGCGUUAAUUUUUUUUAGUUUACUUAUUUUCAGAGAAAGAGAAAGCACGAGUCUGGGAGCAGCAGAGAGAGAGAGAGAAAAUCCCAAGCAGGCGCCACACUGUCAGUGCAGAGCCUGAUGUGGGGGCUGGAACCCACAAACCGCGAGAUCAUGACCUGAGCCCAAGUCAGUUGCUUAACUGACUGAGCCACCCAGGUGCCCCUACCCUGUGCGUUAAUUUUAAGACAGCACUUUUAAGAAAUUGAGGUGACACUGAAAUGACAUAAAAUUAAGCAUUUUAAAAUGAACAAUUCAGUAGCAUUUAAUAUAUUCACAAUGUUGUGUAACGACCACCACUAUCUAGUUCCAAAACAUUUUCCUCAAACUAAGAGGAAACCCCAGCACCCCUACCUCCAACCCCCACUUUCUGCUUGCUAGUUUUAUAGUUUAUCUAUUGUGGAUAUUUAAUAUAAAUGGAAUCAUACAAUUUGUGACCUUUUGUGUCUGCUUUCACUUUGUAUAUGUUCAAGGUUCAUCCACUUUGUAGCAUGUAUCAAUAUAUCAUUCCUUUUUAUGGCUUAAUAAUAUUCCAGUGCAUGUAUAUGUAGGGUCACAACCCUCUCGGGAGUUCCUGGUGUAGUCUGAAACCACUCCCCAUAGGCAGUGGGCAGGGACAGACUGAGGAAAGAGGCAGGCCGCUCUGUGUUGGUAGGUGGCAAUUUUAAUAAUAGCAAAGGGAACUUAAAUACAAGGCUUAUCUUGGUUGGCUGCAAGAUGAAUGGAUCCCCACACCUGCCCCGCCAAAUCUUAAAAGCUUAUAAAGAGGCCCUAACUGGGCUCAGCCACAUAUACCAGGCAGGUGUUUUCAGCAUCACAUCACCAUCUCAAGGUUCUGUCCUUGGAACAGUCUCUGGGAGCAGGAAGGCAAGGGACUGGGGAGGGAGGGAAGAGCUUUCAAGGGCCUGGGUCCAGCUCACAGGUCAGUGAGUGGUCCUGUCUUUUUUUUAAUCAGUCCUCCAGCAAUAUAUACCACAAUUUAUUUAUCCAUUCAUCCGUUGAUGGGCAUUGGAUGGUUUCUAUUUCUGGGCUAUUGUGAAUAGUGCGAUUGUGAACAUGUGUGUAUAUGUAUUUGUUUGCCUGUUUUCAAUUCUUUUGGAUAUCGUAUUAGUUUGCUAGGGCUGCUGUGACAAAGCACCACAACUUGGGUUGCUAGAACAAUAGAAAUACAUUGUCUCAUGGUUCUGGAGGAUUGAAGCCUGAGAUCAAGCUGUCUGUAGAGUUUGUUCUUUCUGAGGAUGUGAGGGAAAAUGUGUUCCAUGCCUCUCUCCUAGCUUCUGGUGGUUUGCUGACAAUCUUUGGCAUUCCUUGGCUUGUAGACAUAUCACCCCAAUCUCUGCCCUCAUGUCCACAUGGCAUUAUCCCUGUGUGCAUAUCUGUGUCUAAAUUUUUCCUUUCCAUAAGGACACCAGAUUGAAAUAGGGGCUCACCCUAUUCUAGUAUAACCUCAACGAGUUACAUCCUUCAAUGACCCUAUCCCCAAAUAAGAUCACAGUAUGAGGCACUGAGGGUCAGGACUUCAAUAUAUUAAUCUGGGGGCACACAAUUCAAUGCAUCAGAAGUAUAUACCUGGGAGUGGAGUUCCUGGCUCAGAUCAGCUACUGAUAAUGCUGUGACAAUGACAGGAUCAGUCUCGGUAUGCAGCUCUCUAGAAUAAUUAUGAUAGUCCUUGAGUGCAUGAUAUAUUUAAAAUUUGAAAGAUAGUCCAAUUGAAACCAGACAUCCCAAAUCUGAAUGUUCUUUGGCAGAAGAAUACAAAUUUUAGACAUCUCUCUUGUUGGGAAACUAAUUCAAAACCAGGAUCCAUGGGCUUGGUAAGUACAGACAUCUCAGCAAUCAUAUCUGAGACUAUAGCUGAUACAAAUAUCACUGAUUCUGUUGCCUCUGUCAGACAGGAAAAGUCUCAAAUCCCUAGAGAUGAAAGAAUUUUUUUUUUGCAUUCCCUCUCUAGCCUAGACAAAUUGCCCUUCUUAUGGGUUGUGAUAUUAAAAGAUGAAGUCUUUGACAUUGAAAAUCUCAUCAUGAUGUAUUUCAGAAGGGAAGUAAAUCAUAGUUCCUGGAGGAGGUAUUCUAGACAUUUUGUUAAUUUGUGUACUUCUCUCCUUAUAAUGGAUGCUUAAGCCAAACAAAUUAGUGAGUUUCCCUUAUGAUUCAGGCAUUGUUCUUGGUGUAGACACACAUGUGCGUACACACACAUACACACACACACAUUAAAAACUUCUUUCAAUAUUGAUAUUAUCUCUUUUUUAGAUAAGAAGAAUGAGGUUCAGAGAGUUUAGAUGACUUGGCCAAGGUUAUUGAAUGAAUUAGUGAAUGUAUGUACCACCCAGUUUCCUAGUACUUUGUAGCAGUUACCAACCUCAGAAAUCAAUGGGAAGAUCUAGGCUGAAGGAAGGAUGGCCUGUGAAGCCAAAAAAGAGUCAAAAAAUGUUAGAAGAUUGACAAAUGUGACAGUGAAUUAAUCAUACGAUCAAAGGUGCCCUAACUGUUCAAAAAGUAAUAAUUAAAUGAUUUAUAAAUGAUGUUUAGUGUGUUUUUGCCCCAUAUAGUGUUUCUUAUACAUUUUCAUCUACUGAAAAUGAUGAAAUAGACAGUAUAUGGCCAUAUAAAAACUUCUGCCAGUUGUCAAAAGGAGUUUCCAGCACCAUUAUUCUAAUAUCUAUGGCACAUUCCCAAACUGUGGGUUUGGAAAUGGAGGUUUGGUUUUCUUCUUUACCUUUUCUUUUCUUUUGUCUCAAGAUUUACUUUACUCAUACUACUCUAAAUUAAGUGGCCUGUGUUGACUCUAGAAUAAAAUGACCUGCAUUUACACUCACAGAUCUCCUAGUGAUUACAUACCCUAAACGUUACCUCACUGUAUACCUCAGAGAUGCAGCUGUAAAAAAAAAAAAAAAAAAAAAAAAAAAAAAGACCUCAUAAAAUGGAAUCGAGAAGUUCAAACUGCAAAUUACAUUGUAUUUUAUUUCUAUGAGAAGUCAAAUUCAAGACCAGUGCUAUAUCCAUCAUAGCGAACAACCGGCAGCUAAUUAAUUCUACAGAGACACUUGUAGUGUCAUUAAAGAGUUUUGCCAACUCUCACCUGUCACCUAUCUUUUUUUUUUUUAAGUUUAUUUAUUUAAUCUGAGAGAGCAUGAACAGGGCAGGGGCAGAGAGAGAAUCCCCAGCCAUCAGCACAGAGCCUGAUGUGGGACUUGAACUCCUGAACCAUGAGAUCAUGACCUGAGCUGAAACCAAGAGUCAGACACUUAACUGACUGAGCCACCCAGGCGCCUCCCCCACUGCCAUCUGUCACCUUUCUUGACAAAAACCCUCCCCUAAUAUUGCAGAUGGUAAACCAACUCCUCAGUAUGAAAGAAAACAUAUGUUUGGAGUCAUGAACAGUUUUUAAGAGAGACAGCAAUAACAUUUUCUAAUUUAAAAUCUACAUGAUUGUUUCGAGACAAGAUGAAGUAAAAGGGAUUGGAUUUAUACUUCUCCCAGGAAACAGCUAAAAAAAUUGGACAAAAUAUGAAACAAUGAGUUUCGGACCCUGGACAACAGGCAGCAAACCUGAGAGAUGGGAAACAAAGCAUGUGACCUUGUGGUUGCCCCAGCUUACUGCCUGGAGAGAGUUUCUAGGCCAAAGCUCAGGGAGUUGGAGGCCAGGGGGAGCUUCUUAGAGCCCCUGAGUUGAAGAAGGGGAACUAGGAGUUGGGGAGACCAGGAAUUCAUAGGCAGAUUCUCAAAGAAGAGAGCUACACCCAGAGAAGGGACAGGGAAAGUGUUCAGGAGAUCUACAGAGGAAACUUUUCUGUCUUCAGCUGAAUUCUGACCAGCGCAUGCUUAAGAAAACACCACCCACACCUGAGGGGAAACCCACCUAAGGGAACAGUCCUCAGAACUCAUAUAGGGACAGGAAUAGAUUAUGCCCCCCCCAAAUAGAUUGGUUCCCCCAAUAAUUCACGGGACAUCAGAUUGAACAUUCAGAGGUAUAUAGCCUCAAUAAUGGGGAAAAAUUAGUCCCAGACUAAAUAAAGUCUGUUCUAAUCCCACCUAACAGAAUUUAAAUCUUUAAAAAAUAUUUUUUUAAUGUUUAUUUCUUUAUUUUGAGAGAGACAGAGAGUGUGAGCGGAGGAGGGACAGAGAGAAAAACACAGAAUCCUAAACAGGCUCCAGGCCCUGAGCUUUCAGCACAGAGUCUGAUGCAGGGCUUGAACCCAUAAACCGUAAGAUCAUGACCUGAGCGAAAGUCGGACGCUUAACCGACUGAGCCACUCAGGCCUAACAGAAUUUAAAAUCCACAUGGUUGAAAUAAUUUAUUUCCCAUCUUUGGAGACGGUUGUCUUUCCAUCUGGCCCCUCAAUAAAUAUUUUGUAAAGUUGAAUAGAGAUUUUUACUUUGUCCAGAUUUCAGCAUCCGACUCCCCAGUUAAACUAAGUGCAAAGGGAAGACAUGGGUGAGAACAUCACAGAAGUAAAAUGAGGUGUAUCAAUAAAUGUAUCGAGGGGUCAGAAUAUCCUGUCCCCUUCAAGGUCCUUCUAGCUGGACUAAGAAAAAAUUGAGGAGCGCCGGGGUGGCUCAGUCAGUUAAGCAUCCAACUUUGGCUCAGGUCAUGAUCUCACGGUUCGUGAGUUUAAGCCCUGUGUCGGGCUCUGUGCUGACAGCUCAGAGCCUGGAGCCUGCUUCCGAUUCUGUGUUUCCCUCUCUCUUUCUCUGCCCCUCCCCUGCUCAUGCUCUGUCUCUCUGUCUCUCGCUGUCUCUCAAAAAUAAAUAAACAUUUUAAAAAAAGAAAAAAAAUUGACAUGAGACAAAUUAACAGAGAAAAUAAAAUUUAAGAGUAUAUGUACAAGCAAUCCAAACAGACAUGGAAAUUCUGACGUCAGGCAAAAUGAGGGAUAUAUGUCAUCCUGAACUAAGGAGAAGCGGACAGGGAUCUGGGACUUCAGAGGGAAGGAAUGCACAUCACAGGGUGAUAACAAGAGCAGGUGUUUGGUAGCUGUUUUCCCUGCCAUACAGAUGGGUCACUCAGAUAGAAUUUAUCUGGUAAUAACCAUUGUUUUGGGAGAGAUCCCCAAUUUAAAUUCUUCUAAGUAGUUAAGGGAGGGGCAAAACUUUUAUUGAGCCCACAGGGCUUUAAUUGCCCUCAGCUUGAAAUCAUCUUCAUGCCAAAGUGGCCCGUCUUGGGGCAGCCUGCCCUGGGCCCCUACACAUUCCAUUUCUAUAUUUUCUCCUCUGUCUUGCUCGUGUCCCAUUUAGCAGCAGGUGAAUCCAACUCUCUGGGUAAAACUAUAAAAUCUAAUGUCCCCAUCAGUGCUUAGAACAUGUGAUGACAAAACUCUUUUUCAUAGUGCCUUGGAGGUGGUAAGCAGCUUUAGGAUGAAACUGAACACGUCCUUCCAAGCUGCUAGCUGCCAGAGACUCAUUGACGUGGAUGAUGACCGGAAACUUUAUACCUCUUACGAGAAGUGUACGGCCACAGAAGUCGAUGCUGAUGCUCCGGGUGAGGAAUGGAAGUGUUAUGUAGUCCGCAGCUGUGGUGGCAAUGACAAACAAGACUUCCCCAUGAAGCAUGGUGUCUUGACCCAUGGCCGCGUCCGCCUGCUGCUGAGUAAGGGACAUUCCUGCUACAGACCUAGGAGGACUGGAGAAAGAAAGUGCAGAUCUGUUCAGGGCUACGCUGUGGAUGCCAACCUCAGUGUUCUCAACUUGGUCAUCGUGAAAAAUGGGGAGAAGGAUAUUCCUGGACUCACGGAUGCUCCUGUGCCUUGUUGCCUGGGGCUCAAAAGAGCUAGGAGAAUCCGCAAACUUCUCAGUCUCUUUAAAGAAGAUGAUGUCCGCCAGUGUGUUGUGAUGGGGCUCUUAAACAAAGAAGGUAAGAAACCUAGAACCAAGGCGCCCAAGAUUCAGCGUCUUGUUACUCCACGUAACCUCCAAGGCAAAUGUCGGCGUAUUGCUCAGAAGACACAGAGUUCUAAGAAAAAUAAGGAAGAGGCUGCAGAAGACACUAAACUUUUGGCCAAGAGAAUGAAGGAGGUCAAAGGAAAGUGCCAGGAACAGGUUGCCAAGAGACAGAGGCUGCCCUUUCUGAGAGCUUCUACCUCUGAGUCCAGGCAACAAUGAGAUUUUCUGGGUGCCUUGGUGGCUCAGUCGGUUGAGCAUCUGACUCUUGAUUUCGGCUCACGUCAUGAUCCCAGAGUCAUGGCAUCUAGGCCCACUUGGGCUCCAUGCUGAGUGUGGAGUCUGCUUGGGAUUCUUUCUCUCCCUCUCCCCCUCUCCCCAGCUCUCUCUCUCUCUCAAAAUACAAAAAACAAAAUUAAAAAAAAGAGAUUUUCUGGGAUGCCUGGGUGGUGUAGUUGGUUGGGUGUCCGACUUUGGCUCAGGUCAUGAUCUCGCAGUUCACGAGUUCAAGUCCCAUGUCAGGCUCUGUACUGACAGCUCAGAGCCUGAAGCCUGCUUUGGAUUCUGUGUCUCCUUCUCUUUCUGCCUGCCUCCCCCUCCCCAUCCUGCCUUGCUCAUGCGCUGUCUCCCUCUCUCUCUCAAAAAUAAAUAAACA